CACGCCCAUACACACACCUACUACCCGACCAACAUCAUGAACACCGGACUCACUGUGGCCGUGUUGGCUUUUGUAGUCAUCAUGAUCACCGCCGACCAGCGCGCCUCCUACGGCCCGCCUCCCAACACAGCCACCAUCCUCCAGGACAAGAGGACGCGCAACGGCUACGGGGAGUACUCCUUCCAGUACGAGACCAGCGACGGCACCGCCCGGCAGGAGUCUGGAAGUCAGAACGACGGCCAAGUGUCUCAGGGAGGCUGGAGGUACACGUCCCCUGAGGGUCAGCACGUGGACAUCACCUUCCUGGCUGACCACGGUGGCUACCAGCCUCGUGGGGACGUCCUGCCCAUAGCCCCGGCCCUCCCUUACCAACGGUCAGGCAACUAAGGCCAGGAGGAACCCAUCUUCUUGUUAAUUAACCCACAUACUUCUGUUAACCCACACUUCUGUUGACCUAUACUUAUGUUCAUCCACACUUCUGUUAACCCACACCCCUGUUCACCCAUACUUCUGUUGAUUCACAAUCCUGUUCACCCACGCUUUUGUUGACCCACACUCUUGUUGACUCAUCAGUGAAUCAGUUAGUCAGUCAGUCAGCCAGCCAUUCAGUCAGUAUUGGUCUUCAUAGAGCUAGCUAACGCAGGUAGGUGUGAGAGAUACUUCCUCAGGUCACUCUCUCACCUUCCUGGGGUUAUCUCUCGGUUCUCUCAGUGUCUCUUAGUUAAUUUGUUCCCAGGAAAGCGAAAUCCACUCAGAUGCGGGCAGGAUGGUCUCUGAUUGGUUCUUCUUACUAGGAUUUGAUAAAGUUAAAUGGGGUUUGGUCAGAUUAGGAUAAGUUAGGCUUAAAAUUUGUUAGAUUAGGUUUAUUUAGGAGAGAAUAACUUGGGUUAGAUUAGAUUAGGUUUGGUUAGAUUUAAAAUUAGUUAGGUUAGGUUGACUUUAACUUUACCGUACACUACACUACACGGCUUUAGUUUACCCGUAGGUCACACAAGCGUCUUCCCCCUGAUCUUCAACACAGAAUCCUCGUCCCCUGACCAAAAACCCUGAAGAUGUAUGAAACAGGAUGAUCUGAACUGAUGGAGGUGGCAUAACAUAGGAAAAAAACAAUAUAUUUUCUAUUGCUGUAACCACACUUUUGACUGUAUUAUAUAUUUGUCUCAAUGCUGUAACCACACUUUGUAUUGUAUGGUAGAAUUUGUAUUGCUGUAAUCACACUUUGUAAUAUGUACACUAAAUAUUUAUCAAUC